AUAAAAGGGGGACGCCGAUGACUUGGUAAACAUAAACAAAUCCAUUCGCUUCUACAAGCAACAAUAGCAAGCAGCAACGACAUGAGAAUCGUGAUCGCAUUAGCGUGUUUAGUGGCCUUGGUGGCUGCUGCAGAGGAGCUGCAGCAGGUCAAAACGGCUGUUUCAGACCUAGAAACUGCAGAGCAUCGCUACAAGGGAUACAAAGGCCGCAAAGGCCGUUCCCCCGGAGAAGAGACAGACCUAGAAGCCGCUGAACAUCGUAAAAAGGGAUACAAGGGGCGUAAAGGCCGCUCUGCUGAAGAAGAAGCAGCUGUCGCAGAUCUGGAAACUGCUGAACAUCGCCAUAAGGGAUACAAGGGGCGUAAAGGCCGCUCUCUCGGAGAAGAAGCAUCUGUUGCUGAUCAGGAAACUGCCGAACAUCGCAACAAAGGCUACAAAGGCCGCAAAGGCCGAUCCCUAGGAGAAGAAAAACCCUUGGUAGAUCUAGAGACUGCUGAACACCGCAAUAAAGGCUACAAGGGACGUAAGGGCCGCUCUGUCGUAGAGGAAGCUACUGCUGUAGACCAGGAAACCGCUGAACAUCGAAACAAAGGCUACAAGGGACGUAAAGGCCGCUCUGUCGUAGAGGAAUCCACUGCUGCAGACCAGGAAACCGCUGAGCAUCGCAACAAAGGCUAUAAGGGACGCAAGGGCCGCUCCGUCGUAGAGGAAGCCACCGCUGCAGACCAGGAAACCGCUGAACAUAGAAACAAAGGCUACAAGGGACGUAAGGGCCGCUCUGUCGUAGAGGAAGCCACUGCUGUAGACCAGGAGACCGCUGAACAUCGAAACAAAGGAUACAAGGGGCGUAAGGGCCGCUCUGUCGUAGAGGAAGCUGCUGCUGCAGACCAAGAAACCGCUGAGCACCGCAACAAAGGCUACAAGGGACGUAAAGGCCGCUCUGUUGCAGACCUGGAAACUGCUGAACAUCGCAACAAGGGAUACAAGGGACGUAAAGGCCGCUCAGCCGUAGAAGAACCAGUUGCUGUAGAUCAGCAAACUGCUGAACAUCGCAACAAAGGAUAUAAGGGACGCAAAGGCAGGUCCAUCCAAGAAGCGGAUCUGGAGGCAGCUGAAAAGAAACGCAAGGUUUAUCGCGGUGGAUACGGUGGAUAUCAAGGAGGAUAUAGCGGCUACGCUGGUGGACAUGGAGGCUAUAGAGGAUCCUACUACGGCUAACAAACAUGUUAAAAUUUUUU